UAAAAUGUGUGAAUUUUUUUUUUAUAAUUUUUCUUGUUCGAUAAAAUUAUGCUGAUGCUAAGAUCAAAACAGUUUUUAAUAUUUUAUUAAUAAUAAAGUCAGAUAUUAAGCUUGUGUUAUUUCAAGUUUUUCUUGAGAACCAAUCUAGAAUCGAAAUCUCGAAAAACUGUAUUGUGAUGUGACUCUUUGACAGUGGACAAUGUGGUAGUCAAAGCUUUCUAUUUUAUUUAUAAGCAGCGGAACGGAGUCUUGUGUAUUUAUGUGAUUAAGUAUAAACUUUUAAUGCAGUUUAAUUACAGAAAGUUCUUGUUCUAUUUUCCAACACACUAAAUAAAUCAGUUUCACACACAAAAUGGCUAAAGAACUGCACACACUUGGCUGGGACUACUUCAUGUUUGUGGUCUUCAUUUUGAUCACCGUAUUCGCACCGCUCUGGAAACGUCUGUUUGGCAAGAAGAAAGACCGCGGCAAAGCCGACUAUGUCUUUGCCACCGGCGGCAUAUCAAUUGUGGCGAUUAUGUUAUCAAUUGCACGCGGCACGCUUAACAUACGCAACAUACUAGGUUAUCCCAAUGAGCUGUUUUAUCGUGGCUCCGGCAUGUGGGAGAGCAUCUACGGCAUGGUCAGCGCUUAUCCCAUUGUGUGUUUCGUAUUUGUGCCAGUUUACUUUAAUUUGGGCAUAACGUCCAUCUACCAGUACUUAGAUUUAAGAUUUAAAAGUCGACUGGUUCGCUGCCUCGCUUCCGGCCUCUACAUUUUUCGGCAAAUUUUCUUCCUCGGCAUUACCGUUUACACACCGAGCGUCGCGUUAUCGACCGUAAUAGGCAUUCCCUAUUGGGCAUCCAUUGUGGGCAUGGCUGUGAUUUGCAUAUUUUUCACCAUAGUGGGUGGUUUGAAAGCAGCUAUUAAUGCCGAUGUCAUACAAAUUGUCACGGUGAUUGUGGUGACAUUAGUUAUCAUUGUGAAAGGCAUCUUGGUCAGUGGCGGCAUUCAGAACGUCUACGAAGCGAAUCGGGAUAAUGGUCGUUUAAAAUUCUUUAACUUCACCGGCGACAUGACCGUGCGCGUAGACACGACCUCCGCAUGGUUUGGUAAAUUGUUCUUGUCCUUGUCACAAUUCGGUUGCCAACAACAAUUCAUGCAGCGUUAUGUUUCACUGAAAUCCAUGAGUCAGGUGCGACGCGCCAUGAUGACAAAUAUACCCAUCAUCAUCGUGUUCUUCUCGCUCCCCUGGUUGGCGGGUAUGGUCAUCUAUGCAACCUAUAUAAAUUGUGAUCCAUACGCUGAGGGUUAUAUACACAAACGAGAUGAAAUUUUGCCAUUCUUCGUGGAGGACCAAUUGGCCGUAAUACCCGGUUUCGUGGGCAUUUUCAUGGCAAUGCUCUUCAACGGUGCCCUGUGCAUGACGGUUUCGAAUUUAAACUCAGUAGCUACUGUUUGCUGGGAGGAUUUCAUCUCGCAAAUUCCACAAUUCAAGGGACUCAGUGACAAGAAACAGCUUUUCACCAUAAAGAUUUUAGCCGUCAUUUGGGGCUUCAUUACAAUGGGUAUUGCUUUCGGUGUGGGUUCGAUGUCCGGCAUAAUUGAAUCAGCGUUGUUGGCAUUUUCCGCUACAUCUGGCCCAUUAUUGGCUUGCUUCUUACUUGCCAUGCUGGUGCCGAUCGCUAAUUGGAAGGGUACCUCCGCUGGCAUGAUUUCAGCUUGCGCUUUCAUACUGUGGAUGAUGAUUGGCAACGCUACUCUCGACAAGAGCGCUCAGAACCCUUUCCUACCCACAUCUACAGAGGGCUGCACCAACACAACUUUUACGUCAUCUAUAACCAAACCAUUGGAACUCCAACAAUCUUGGCUGAUCUCACAUUCGCUGCUCAACAAUACUUCGCCGCUGGAACAAACAAUUACGGCGCCUGAACGCACCCCGUUGGAAACGUUCUAUUCCAUCAGUUUCAUGUACUACGGUUUCCUCGGUACGGUGAUUACUAUUGGUGUUGCUGUUAUAAUCAGUUAUCUUACACGUGAUCCCAAAGAUGCCUACGAUGCCAAGCUCCUACAUCCGGUUGUGUUGCGUUGGUGCGAACGUUUCUCUGGCGACAAACCCUAUAUAAUCGGUGAAGCCACCAGUGAUUUGACCGGAGUGGAGAAAGAAAAAGGCGCAGAAGUAAAUUUGGCAUUUGAUGGACAAACCGAAUCGAGUUUUAAUAUUGACACUAGCAAUGAGAACCAGAAACAUAAUCCCAUUGAUGUUGUGUUCACCAAUGGGCAAAAUGGCCACAAAGGAUAUGGCAGCACUGAUGAGCGUAGUCGAGCGAAAGCGACCGAAGUGGAGACACCAUCGAGUGGUGGCGAAAAUGGCAUAUACCGUCAGUUCAAGGAGAAAGAGACAGUGUGAUAUGUGUGGACUUAAGUUAAUUUACUUAAUAUAUUAAUGAUAUUAUGCUAACGUUAUUAUCUAUAUACAUACAUAUACAGUUUAUUGUAAGUAAGUUAAAGUUACCAAUAACUUAAAAGCUUCUAAACUAACUGGUAAUGUGAAUUAGAGUAUAUACACAUACAGAUAUUACUACAUAUAUAUGUAUAUAGACUUAGAAAGAUGUAUGAUGAAGACACUGUGAUCAUUAAUUAAUUUGACUAAUUGUACUGAUGUCAAAUUAUGUAUUCGUUCACAUUCGUAUUUGUAUUUGGUGUUUUAAUACAAUGCCCUAUUUGAAGAAUAAAUAAAGAAUGCAGUUUUAAGCAUAUAAAGAACUGCUGCA